ACAACAACCAUGUCUACGACAACAGCUGCAACAACAUUUACAACAACUCCUCCAGUCGUUCGUCAAUACCUGCUUUCCUUUGAGCUGAAAACCAAAGAUGUCAGAGCUGUAGAGCAGUUGAGAAACUUCAACUACACCAUCAGCACCAACAGUCUGAUACAGAUCACUGGUGUUAACAUCUCUACAGUGUGCUCCCCCAAUAACACAACCUACCAGUGCAGAUGUGAGGAUCAGUAUGGCUGGCCUUGUGACAUGUGCUCCACUUUUGGCAAAUGCAGCGACAUUCUGGACAAUACCUGUGGAUGUAUCAAUGCACUUCCUCCAAAUAACACUUACUGCCAGCCACUAUCAGAUCUUGACUCCUGCCCAACACAACCACCAACAACUGCAGUUCCCACAACAACCAUGUCUACGACAACAGCUGCAACAACAUUUACAACAACUCCUCCAGUCGUUCGUCAAUACCUGCUUUCCUUUGAGCUGAAAACCAAAGAUGUCAGAGCUGUAGAGCAGUUGAGAAACUUCAACUACACCAUCAGCACCAACAGUCUGAUACAGAUCACUGGUGUUAACAUCUCUACAGUGUGCUCCCCCAAUAACACAACCUACCAGUGCAGAUGUGAGGAUCAGUAUGGCUGGCCUUGUGACAUGUGCUCCACUUUUGGCAAAUGCAGCAACAUUCUGGACAAUACCUGUGGAUGUAUCAAUGCACUUCCUCCAAAUAACACUUACUGCCAGCCACUAUCAGAUCUUGACUCCUGCCCAACACAACCACCAACAACUGGUGAGAAAUACAAAACUAUUUAUUCUACAACUUUCAAAACAUAG